UGUCCUUGAUCAGACACAGCACUUUUUCUUUCACCAUCUUCCUUUCCCAGUCCCUUAAAUAUGUUCCCAACCUCCAGCAGUCUGAGAGCUUUCAGCUGCCCCUUUUAACCAUUGUUGUUAUGACAGAUAUACCCUUGCCUUCAUCCGAUUGACUUGUCACUGUUACGCAAACCCCCAAAAGGUCAGCCCUGUAACUGCACAUUAAACAACCCGAUUCAGUUUUCAGCUGCAAACAAAAAGAUAACUAUAGAUAUGCAGUCAGUGCUCCCGUGUUUCUUCUCUCUCAUCCUCUGAUAAGAUCACCUCUACUUAGAUUCCUUUCUUCAAAGCAAAAAGUAUUUUUGAAAAGAAAGAAAAAAGAAAUGGGGUUGGUUCAAAAUUAGUGAUGAACAGCAAAAUGGGAGAAGAAGAGAAACCAAAGCAACAGCAACACCAAAACUCGACAGAAUCUUUCACAGCAAUGAAAUCUAGCCUCAGGCAGGCCAUUGAGGUUAUAUCUUCUUUGAUUUCUCUUUCUCAUUCUAUCAGAGUUUUCACUGUUAAAUGGCAGCUUAUUCGAAAGAAGCUAGAAGAAUUAAGUUCUGGCUUAAUGGCGAUUGAAAACUGUGAUUCAAGCGAAAACACGGCAGUCUUUUCUGGCUUGAUUCCUUCCAUUUUGGUCACCGUAAAUGAGUGUUAUGAUCUUGCAAGAAGGUGUGUGGAUCUUUCUUACAGUGGCAAGCUCUUGAUGCAAAGUGACCUUGAUGUGUUGGUUGCAAAAUUUGACCGCCAUGUAAAGAAUCUUUCUGAGAUUUACACUGCUGGGAUUCUGACUCAGGGUUUUGCCAUUGUGGUUUCAAGACCCGGUCCUGGUGCUUGCAAAGAUGACAUGAGGUUUUACAUAAGAGAUUUGUUGACAAGAAUGAAGAUUGGUGAUAUAGAAAUGAAAAGGCAAGCCUUGGUUAAUUUACAUGACGUUGUCGGUGAAGAUGAGAGGUAUGUGAAACUUGUAGUGGAAGUUGGUGACGUUGUGAAUGUGUUAGUAGGCUUUCUUGAUUCCCCAGAGAUGGAGAUUCAAGAAGAGGCUUCAAAGAUUGUAUCUUUAUUAUCUGGGUUCGAUUUGUAUAAGUGUGUUCUGGUUGGAGCUGGGAUUAUUGGGCCUUUGAUUCGGGUUUUGGAAAGUGGCGGUGAUGUGGGUAAAGAAGGAGCAGCUAGGUGUCUUCAGAAAUUGACUGUUAAUUCAGACAAUGCAUGGUCAGUUUCAGCUCAUGGCGGGGUAACUGCCCUCUUGAAAAUAUGUUCAACCGGUGAUUGUGGAGGAGAAUUAAUCGGUCCUGCUUGUGGGGUGUUGAGGAAUCUUGUUGGUGUUGAAGAGAUUAAGAGGUUUAUGGUCGAGGAAGGUGCAAUUUCAACGUUCAUCAAGCUUGCAAGAUCAAGAGAAGAAACCGUGCAGAUAAAUUCAAUCGAGUUCCUUCAAAAUAUGGCUUCUGGGGAUGAAUCAGUUCGUCAGACGGUGGUUAAAGAAGGAGGAGUCCGUGCGUUAGUACGCGUUUUGGAUCCGAAAUCGGCGACCUCUUCAAAAACAAGAGAGGUAGCAUUGAGGGCAAUUGAGAAUUUAUGUUUUUGUUCACAGAAUUACAUAAAUAUGUUGAUGAUUUUUGGGUUCAUUGAUCAAUUAUAUUUCUUCCUACGCAACGGGGAGGUUUCGGUUCAAGAAUUGGCUCUGAAGGUAACAUUCAGGCUUUGUGGCACAUCAGACGAGGCCAAAAAGGCGAUGGGGGAUGCUGGCAUCAUGCCUGAGCUUGUCAAAUUGCUUGAUGCAAAGUCAUACGAAGUGCGUGAAAUGGCAACCGAAGCACUCUCUAGCUUGGUCUCACUUCCUAAAAACCGAAAAAGAUUUGUUCAAGAUGAUAGAAACAUAGGCUUUCUUCUUCAAUUGCUUGAUCAAGAGGAGGGCAUGCCAGGUAACAAGAAGCUUUUGCUCUCCAUAUUAAUGUCAUUGACAAGUUGCAACAGUGGAAGAAGAAAAAUUGCCAGUUCCGGGUAUCUAAAGAAUGUAGAGAAGCUUGCUGAAGCUGAAGUUUCUGAUGCCAAAAGACUUGUCAGGAAGUUGUCUACAAACAGAUUUCGUAGUAUGCUGAGUGGAUUCUGGCAUUCUUGAAUGUAAUUUUCCCCCCCCUGAUCCCUUUUUGAUUUUACUGUAUAUCUACAUAAGUGUUAUGCAAGUCUGAUUAACUUGUCUUUACAAAUCUUAAACUGGCAUUGUGUCCUCAAUCUUUUCUCCUUGGCAGAAACAGCUUUUGAACAGCUUUUUGCUUAAUCUGUAAUCAGUAGCAAUCUAAUAAAAGCUGUUCUUUAUAGAUUCCUGUAAAGAUACUCUGGCAUUCCUGUUUGGAA